GUAAGUGUUUUUGACUUCCUUGCCUGUUGCUUUUUAUGCCCUAGGAGUGUGCUAUCAAGUAUGAGUGUGUAAGCAAGAACCACCAGGCAGGGUAUGCAGACAGCAGAGAGCACCUACAAAGCGAAUGGAUGAAGAAGGGAGAGCAGAGGAAAAGGACGUUCUUGGGACGUCCUCCCUGCCGGGUCCGGAUCCCCAAAGAUUGCCCCAGGUGCCAGGAGUGGACCCCUCACGGGAAGAAACCCCUUCCACCUGCUACGGUCUCAGGGGACUUUUCCAGAAAGUCUCUCUCUGGGAGCUCACUCAGUGCCGUGCCCACUCUGGCUGUUCUGAGCACCCUGCUUAGCCUGAGGCUGUUCCUCAGGUGUCAGUAAGAAGCCGGAGGGUGACUGUCCCUCUGCGGAGGUGAAAAGAAAAGGGGCCGUUUGGGCUCUGUGUUCCUGUUUUGAUUCCCGGGCACAGAAGUAGUGCCGGCACUGGGUUGAUUUAAUUAUUGUUGAACUAUUAUUAAAAAGCAUGAGACUGAAAAUGGGGGGGGGGUGGGUGGAAGGUUAGGGUGAUUUCACCUUUCUAAUUGGUGUCUACCUUUGCUCACAGGUCAACAAAAAUAACCCCAGGCUUAGCCUGGAAGACAUAGUGUGGCCAGGGAUGUCAGCAACUGCAAAGGGCAGGGAGGGAAGGACAAACAGGGAUAUGGCGGCAGGGCUGGGGCCGGCGGACAGGUGUUGGUGGGCAGGGUUGGGGUCAGGGGACAGGUUGCAAACGCUCCCCGUUGGGGGCCCUUGCCAAACUGCCUAGAAGUAGCGUCCUUUCUUCCCGGAGUGAACUUCUCAAGGCACCGUGAAGCCCCUGCCGGUCAGAAGUGGAGCCGGCUUAGGGGCUUGCUGUUGUCUGUACCUCGGUACCUAGUUCAGGUAUACGUAGGAUCAUCAUUAGAGGAAACCAGAACUCCUCCUCGCCAGGAGAGAGGGUGGGCGCCUCUGUCUCUCUGUCUCGGAUCCCAGGGAUCCGAGAAGGUGGUGGCUACGGCAUUGCUGCGCGAUCAUGAACCUUCUCCGGAGACAACCGCAGUUAGGGUUCUCUCCGCCCGGCGGAGGCGUUGGGGGGUGGGGGGUGGGGGUCGGUGGGGCUGCGUGAAGGCCUGGCUGGUGCUGGUGGGUCCUCAGGCCACCUCCACACGCCCACCCGGUUGCAGCCAGGCUCCUGCCGCGGCCGGCUGCGGGAGGGGGCAACUCUCCAAACCCGCCCCUGCGCGCGGACACUCCGCGGCGCUCCCGGAUUCCCAGCCCUGUGACAGCCCGUUGCCCCGGGGACGGCGCAGAGAGGUGGGAGGGACUGGCGCGCCGAGCUGAGCUGGACUCCAGACGGGUCCCACUCUUUUUUCUUCCACUGGAAAAGAGGUCCACGAGGGCUCCAGGCAGAGGAGCCAAAGCGUGGGCUGCGGCCCAAAGAGGGACAGGGUGGGGCGACCUGGACCCCGCUCUGUCCUCCCAGGGCACGCGGCGACCCCUUCCACGCCCCCACCCGCCAGGUCCACACCGAGCCCGCGUGUGUCCCCUGCCGGGAAACCAGGAUCCCGCGCGCCGCGCGCCAUGGAAGCAGCUAACCUCACGGUGGCCGCCACCGGCGUCUCCCUGCCCCUGGGAUCCGAGGCCGGCAGCUUCAGCCCAAGCCCCGGCGGGGUCAUCGGGUCGACCCCAGGCGGGGCCGCCCUGCCCGGCCGCGAGCCGCCUUUCUCCGUCUUCACUGUGCUGGUGGUGACGCUGCUGGUGCUGCUGAUCGCGGCCACUUUCCUGUGGAACCUGCUGGUUCUGGUCACCAUCCUGCGCGUCCGCGCCUUCCAUCGUGUGCCUCAUAACUUGGUGGCCUCGACGGCCGUGUCGGACGUACUCGUGGCCGCGCUGGUGAUGCCCCUGAGCCUGGUGAGCGAGCUGUCGGCCGGGCGACGUUGGCUGCUGGGCCGUAGCCUGUGCCACGUGUGGAUCUCCUUCGACGUGCUGUGCUGCACCGCCAGCAUCUGGAACGUGGCGGCCAUCGCCCUGGACCGCUACUGGACCAUCACGCGUCACCUGCAGUACACGCUGCGCACCCGCCGCCGCGCCUCCGCGCUCAUGAUCGCGCUCACCUGGGCGCUCUCGGCGCUCAUCGCCCUGGCGCCGCUGCUCUUUGGCUGGGGCGAGGCGUACGACCCACGGCGCCAGCGCUGCCAGGUGAGCCAGGAACCCUCCUACGCCGUCUUCUCCACCUGCGGUGCCUUCUACCUGCCGCUUGGCGUGGUGCUCUUCGUCUACUGGAAGAUCUACAAGGCGGCCAAGUUCCGUUUCGGCCGCCGCCGCGGGGCUGUGCUGCCGCUGCCGGCCACGGUGCAGGUGAAGGAGGCCCCUCACGAGGCUGAGAUGGUGUUCACGGCGCGUCGCCCGGUGGUGGCCUUUCAGAUGAGCGGGGACUCGUGGCGGGAGCAGAAGGAGAAGCGGGCGGCCGUGAUGGUGGGCAUUCUCAUUGGUGUGUUUGUGCUGUGCUGGAUCCCCUUCUUCCUGGCGGAGCUCAUCAGCCCCCUCUGUGCCUGCAGCCUGCCCCCCAUCUGGAAAAGCAUAUUCUUGUGGCUUGGCUACUCCAAUUCCUUCUUCAACCCCCUGAUCUACACGGCAUUUAACAAGAACUACAACAACGCCUUCAAGAGUCUCUUCAGCAGGCAGAGAUGAACACGGGGCCUGGAGAGACGUGCAGGUGGGGGGCUGUGGGCAGGUGGGCAGGGCCCCCGCCUCCCCCCCCCACCACCCCAGUCAUCUGGAAGCCUCUCCCCCCAGGCGGGGUGUUGAUGUGUGAGAGCCGCACCGCUGGGCCUGGACCGGAGGAGCAGCAACGCCAAGGGCUCUGCAGAAAGCGUCUGGCAAGCCUGUGGUGUGCCCUUUCCGGAUGUUGUGACAGACACUGCCAAUCGAUCGCGGCAGUCUGUCCACUGAGCGGACCUCUGCCCCGGGAUCCUUUUCAGACAGCGCUCCUGGCAGUGACUGCUGACCAGUGAAACUGACAGGGGAGUCCAAGCUGGCUUGCCUUUCCUUCGCAUAAAACCCUAUUUCUCCGGCGGGGCCGGUGGGGGGGGGGGUCCCGCAGCAUGGAGCCCAGGGGCCUGUUUGGGGGUCCACUCAGGAGACUGUCUCAUUUGUGAAACAGCCCUUCUCCCACCCUCUAUCCACCCGAUUCAACUUCUCUUCCCCACCCUCCAAGGUGGUGUAUCCCAGUCUGGGAGACAGGAAUCAUCUGAACUUUGGGUUUUUAAAAGAAGUGUCCCGUGCAGCCGUAUCUACUGAAGGAGACUUUCAGAGAAGAGGGCUGGCAAUUUAUGUUAUUGACUUCUCCAGAUGAUUUUCUUUUUCAUCAGUGAGGGACACUGCUGGGUGCUUAGAUUGUUCUUUGGACCAAUUAAACAGGCAUUUCAGAGGUGGGGGGGAGCAUGGUGAAUUGCAGGCACGGGUACUUUUUAAAUCUCCCCCAGUGAUCUCACUGUGUCGCCAGUGUUGAGGACCCCGGUGGGGCCCUUUCUCUGCUUCUGUACAAGGGAGAGCAGCUGUGACAAAUGUUCCCACCUUCUUCAGCAUAUGGAUUUGUAUGUGUAAUAAAAAUACUUUUGAAGCAUUUA